UGUGUCCCUGAACAGCGGCUGGGUUCAUGUGGUGGACAGGCUGACACGUUGAAAGACAAACUGUCACGGUUGGCUUGAAGGUGCAGGACGUCGCAGAGUAGUGACUGUGAUUGGAUGCUGUGAUCAGAUCCUCCCUUCCACUCCGCCUUAAAUCCAAGUGGACGGCGUCUGUGAGCAGGAGGCAGCUUGAUUUCAUUAGGUCGCUCUGUGAGUCUCCCUAUGGGUGACAGUGUUACUUUAUCAUCGUGAUACCCCCUAGAGGCCGUGCUUCAGCGGCCCUCACUGCCCUGACCCCCCCACACCACCACUUCCUGUAUCACUAUGGGGGAGGUAGUCCAGAUGCACUUUACUACCAUUGACUACGUCAUCUUUGCCUUACUGCUGGUGGCGUCAGCUGGUAUCGGCCUCUUCUAUGCCUUCUCAGGUGGCCGCCAGCGCACGACACAGGAGUUCCUGAUGGCCGACCGCUCUAUGAGCUGCCUGCCCGUGUCGUUGUCCCUCCUGGCCACGUUCCAGUCGGCGGUGGCCAUCCUGGGCGCUCCUUCAGAGGUCUACACCUUUGGUACUCAGUACUGGUUCUUGGGCUGCUCCUACUUUCUGGGCCUGCUCAUCCCAGCUCAUGUAUUCAUCCCAGUCUUCUACAGACUGAGGCUGUCCAGUGCAUAUGAGUAUCUGGAGCUGCGCUUCAACAAAACAGUCCGUAUAUGUGGGACUGUGACCUUCAUCUUUCAGAUGGUCAUUUACAUGGGCGUGGUCCUUUACGCUCCAGCUCUGGCACUCAAUGCAGUGACUGGUUUUGACCUGUGGGGGGCAGUGCUGGCCAUGGGAUUGGUGUGCACUUUGUACACUGCACUGGGGGGUCUGAAGGCGGUCAUCUGGACAGAUGUGUUCCAGACAGUGGUGAUGUUUGCGGGUCAGCUGGCCGUCAUCGUGGUGGGGGCGGGUCAAGCAGGGGGCAUCGGUGAGGUGUGGAGGAAAGCCAUCAAUGGAAGCCGUGUUGCAGGACUAGACUUGAACCCUGACCCUCUGGAACGCCACACCUUCUGGACGCUGGGGGUGGGCGGAGUCUUCCUAAUGCUGGCUUUGUACGGGGUCAACCAGGCCCAGGUCCAGAGAUACCUCAGUUCCCGUACAGAGAAGGAGGCUGUCAUGUCUUGUUAUGUGGUUUUCCCGUGCCAGCAGAUCGUCCUGUGUUUAGGCUGUCUCAUGGGUCUGGUCAUGUUUGCUCGCUAUGGUGAGGACAGCCCACUGGAUAAAGGUUACGUUAAAACCAAUGACCAGAUGGUGCUGUACUUUGUCAUGGAUGUGUUCAGGGACCUGCCGGGGCUCCCUGGUCUGUUUGUAGCCUGUCUCUUCAGUGGAGCGCUCAGCACCAUCUCAUCAGCCUUCAACUCCUUAGCAACAGUAACAAUGGAAGACCUGAUUAAACCUCAUUUUCCAGCCAUGACUGAAGCCAAAGCCACUCUCCUGUCCAAAGGACUGGCUUUAGUCUAUGGUCUGGUGUGUCUGGCCAUGGCUUAUAUUGCCUCUAUAAUGGGAUCGGUACUGCAGGCGGCCUUCAGUAUCUUUGGGAUGGUGGGAGGUCCUUUGCUAGGCCUCUUCUGUCUGGGAAUGUUCUUCCCCUGGGCUAACUCCAUCGGUGCAGUGGUGGGAUUAGUCGCAGGCCUCGCCAUGGCCUUCUGGAUCGGCAUCGGUAACUUUGUGAUGCGCAUGUCCACCUCCACAACCGUACCAACACUUAACAGCACCACAUCGCCGCUGAUUGACAACAUGACUACUACUGUUGUGACGUCUCUGCUCAGCACCACCGCCAAGCCAAGACCAACAGGUGUGGAGGCGCUCUACUCAUUGUCCUACAUGUGGUACAGCGCUCAUAACUCAGCCACUGUGGUGGUAGUGGGACUGCUGGUCAGCCUACUAACAGGGCCCAUGAAGGAGAAGGAUCUGACCCCAGGGACGGUGUACCCAGUCCUGGGGAACCUGCUCUUCUUCCUGCCUGAUCGCUACAGAGAGAAGCUCUGCUGCAUCACCCCUCUGGCCCCCAAGCUCAAAGAAAGCAACAGCCAGCCUUAUCUGAUGGCCAAGAAAGACAGCAAUGGAGCAGCGUUCUGCAAAGAGGACAUGAUCACUGAAGAAAAGGAAAUGGAGAGCGACCGAGCACCGACUGAGGACGAGGACGAAACGAGGAGCUUGCCUCCGUCGUGUGAACUGACGGGUCACACUGUUCAGGAGACGGCACUGUGAUCCUCCUCCUCUUCCCAAACAAGCACACACGCUCACUUUGUCAGAAGAAUGCACAUCGCUCUUCCUCGGGGAGAAACACGAAAGGUAAAGUGAAGAACAAAAAAAAAGUUCCCAAAACUCUGCAGCUUUUGGGGGUGAUCGUGGUUUUACAGUUUUUUUUUUCUUCCAAAAAUAACACAAAGGAAAUCGACACUUGCCAGGCUGGAACUGUGCACUGACCGCUGGGAAAGGAGUGUGCUGAUUUCCAGAUGAGCAGCACAAAGACAGAUAUAUGCAGGUUUAGAGAAGGGACUGGGCAGCUGCUGUUUACUGUGAGCAGCUGUGGAUCCAGUCCUGUCGACACAAAUGAAAGAAUCAGGUCGUACACAGACACAAAAUGUAAAAAAAGAUAUUUUUGUAUAGAAGAUGGAGCUGUCACAUUUCAGAAUAUGUCUAAGAGAAUUUAGUAUAUGAGAACAUUGUGUCUGAACCUAAAUAGAAGCCAGGUUUGUGCUGCUGUGAUGGCCUUCGUCCCUGUACUCUGUAGUCUUUUCCAUGGCCUUGGUUUAACACUAAUGUUCACCUUCUAGCUGCUACAGUAUGUAUUUAAAGUACAAGUCCACAGAAGCAAAGCGGUGCUCAGAUGAGGGCAGAGGUUACAUCAAGAAGUGACAUGAAGUCAGAAAACAUGUCCCAUUGUUCUGUCCAGUAACUGACCUGAUCUUCCAUUUUUUAUUUAUUUUUUUUUACUUUUCAUGAGGGCAUAAAAUGUAGAUAUUGUUAGGGAAAGGAUGUUAACAUGGACUGUGAAAGUGACUGUCACACAUUAGUUUGUGAAUUACCAUUUUGUAGUUUCUCUCUAUUUUGGCCUCUUUUGUCCUUGUUGGGCAUCGGGGGGGACUUGGGGAUGAAUGGGUGAAACCAGCUAAGUUCCAAACACUGGACACCCUGCUAACCAACAAUAGUAUUUUAAUAAUAAUAAUAAUAACUAAUAAUAUAAUAGUUUAAAAACCACUAAAUAAUUUCAGCUUUUUGCUAACUAUUAACACAUACAGCUCUACAAUGUCAUCUUCGUGCCAGAAGUAACUACAUUCAAUAUGGAGAACACAGUGCAACAUGUCAAGCUAAUGCUAAAGCUAAUCCAAUAAUACAAAACACUGCAAAGUAAUGUCAGCUUUGCUAAAAAAGUUAAUUCAAAAAUCAUUUUAAUUCAUGCUAACACAGUCCUGUUGGUGUAAUUUCUAAACUUCAAUUUAAGUAUAGCUAUCGGGGG